UUACAGCCUAGGCCAACAAUUUUCUGCAUUUAUUUGCACCAUCGAGUAUAAGGCUACAUUAAGACCUCCUAACAGUGUAAUUGCUACCAAUUCAGGUCAUGUUAGCCUACGGAAAGAGGAAACCCCAUCGUUCAAAGGAGAUCGAAUGAGAUCACGAUAGGCUAAGGCUUCUUAAAAGCGCGUAUAAAAGGCUAUUCAAGGUGAACUACUUGUCUCAGCGUCUCUGACUGCUGGCCCGUCUUGAUUCAGAGGGCUACCAGAAGUUCAACCGGGACACUCGCAGCGAGAGAGGAGAGGUGGAGCUCAAGAUGCUCGAGGAGGACGCAGGCCUGGCGCGGACGCUCUCUCUUCCCGUGCCCCGCCUCGCGACGCCACCACAGAACCAUUCCUCGCGCAUCUGUCAACUGCUGCUGGACACCGCGGCAUGUCUUGAUUCCAAUCACCGGAAUAGAUUAGUGGAUAAAACAAUGUCGGAAGUCCGAAAAUUUACGAAAAGGUUGAGUAAACCUGGUACGGCAGCGGAAUUAAGGCAGAGCGUCUCGGAGGCUGUGCGGACAUCAGUGAUUGUGGAGCAGCCGAAGAUCAUCGAGCCGCUGGACUAUGAGACUGUGGUGUUUCAGAGGAAGGCGCAGAUCCACAGUGAUCCACACAGAGACCUGCUGCUCUGCCCCACGGACGAUGUCUCGGAGUCCCAGAUUGCCCGCAGAGGAGAACCAAGGUCUGCCUGGGGCUCAGAAUGCAGAGGCGAGGCCCAAAGCCUGUUCGCUAGAGAGUGUAUCAAGAUGUACAACACCGACUGGCAGGUGAUCAACUACAAGUACGUAGGCCUAUUCCGAGACUGUUUCCUGUGUGUGUUUCUCUGCGUCCUCAGUAAAGGGCCUAAAGCGGAGAAGCUGCCCUCCCACACGUUUGAGGUGGACGAGGACACUAACGAGGACACGUCGUCUCUCUGCUCUCAGAAGGGGGGUGUUCUGAAGCAGGGCUGGCUGCAGAGAGCCAACAUCAACAGCAGCCUCUCCGUCUCCAUGAAGGUGUUCAAGCGGAGGUACUUCUACCUGUCUCAGCUGCCUGACGGCUCCUAUAUUCUUAACUCCUACAAGGACGAGAAGAACUGCAAGGAGACCAAAGGCUCCAUCUACCUGGACUCCUGUAUCGACGUCCUUCCAUGUGCGAAGACGAAGCGCUUUGGCUUUGAGCUGAAGAUGCAGGACCGCUACAGCCACCUGCUGGCCGCCGACUCAGAAGCUGAGAUGGACGAAUGGGUGACCACUCUGAAACAGGCCCUGCAGAGCAGCAGGAACGGCAGCGACGACUGCUCACUAGAUGAGGACAGCAGCAGUCAGGGCAAAUCAGAGGGCAUCGUGGGAGGACUAGGCUGUGGCUCGCACCCGGAGCUGAUGAAGUAUGCUAGGAGAGAGACAGAUCAGCUGAAUAAGAUCACUAGGAAUGAGGGAAGACAGAAACUGCUCACCCUUGAUCCAGAGACACAGAGGUUGGACUUCUCUGGGAUCGAGCCGGACGUGAAGCCCUUCGAGGAGCGCCUGGGCCGCCGCAUCAUGGUCAGCUGCCACGACCUCAGCUUCUGCCUGCAGGGCUGCGUGAGCGAGAAAAACGACGGCGUGCUGACCAACGUGGAACCGUUCUUCAUCACGCUGGCUCUGUUUGAUGUGACAAGGGGGUGUAAGAUCUCGGCGGACUUCCAUGUGGAUCUCAACCCCCCCUGCGUCCGCGACAUGCUGAAUGAGGGGGCACACACGCCCCCUGAGCCACACGCAGGAAGUGACAUCAACGGGGGAGGAGACACAGGAAAUGGGAACGGCCUGCCAGUUCUGCAGAGGGUACCAGAGGAGCUGCUGCGCUUCCCCACUCAGGGUAUAUUCUCUGUGACUAACCCCCACACAGACGUGUUCCUGGUGGCUCGUGUUGAGAAGGUUCUUCAGAACGGCAUCACACACUGCACUGAGCCUUACAUCAAGAUAUCAGACGCCAGCAAGACGGCGCUGAAGGUUCUGAAAGCAGCGAAGCAGGCGUGUCAGAGGCUUGGCCAGCACCGCAUGCCUUUUGCCUGGGCCGCCAAGCAGGUGUUUAAAGACUCUCAGGGCAGUCUGGACUUGGAUGGGAAGUUCUCUCCGCUCUACCGGCAGGACAGCAGCAGGAUCUCCACUGAUGACCUCAUCAAACUGCUCGCCGACCUCAGGAAGCCAGAGAAGAGCAGCAAACUGCAGGUCAUCCCAGGACAGCUGAACGUCACCAUCGAGUGUGUCCCGCCAGACCAUUCAAACUCUGUCAGCUCCUCCUACCUUCCCAUCAAGCCCUUUGAUGAGAAGUGUGAGCGCGUCUCCAUGGAGAUGAUGGAGUUCAUGCCGGAGGAGGCCAAGCUCCACCACCCGUUCACCGUGUGCAGGAACCAGCUCUACGUGUGUCCACUGCAGCUCAAGUACGACAAUCAGAAGGCCUUCGCUAAGGCCAGAAAUAUUGCAGUGAGUGUCCAGUUCAGAGACUCGGAUGAAGAGGGAGCCACACCACUUAAGUGUAUCUACGGCAAGCCGGGGGAGCCAGUCUUCACUACCAACGCCUGCGCUGCCGUGCUCCACCACAACCAGUGCCCAGAGUUCUACCACGAGUUCAAGAUGGAGCUUCCAGUUCACAUCCAUGAGAAACACCACCUUCUGUUCACCUUCUACCACAUCAGCUGUGAGGUCAGCAAUAAAAAGAGGGAAGGUGUGGAGUCACUAGUGGGCUACAGCUGGUGUGCUCUGCUGAAGGAUGGGCAUCUUCAGUCCUCUGAGCUUCAGCUGCCCGUCUCUGCCAACCUGCCCGCCGGGUACCUGGGAGACAAGAAGGUGUGCACAGACAUCAAGUGGGUGGAGAACAGCAAGCCGCUCUUCAAAGUCAAGACACAUGUAGCAUCAACAAUACACUCUCAGGAUUUACACCUUCACAAGUUCUUCCAGUACUGCCAGUUGCUAAAAGGCGGUUCCGAGGAUAACCCUGCAGAACUGAUCAAAUACCUAAAGUGCCUGCAUGCAGUGGGAUACCACACAUCAUUGUCUUGCCCAUCGCGUUUGCAGCUCUUCCAGGUGCUCACCACGGCAACCAAAGAAGCGCACGAGGUGGCUGUUAACUCCACACGUGUGAUCAUUCAUAUCGUCUCUCGGUGUCAUGAAGAGGGAUUGGAGCACUACCUACGCUCUUUUAUAAAGUAUGUCUUCCAGACCAGCAGUGGCGCUGCAGGGAGCUCAGCCACCAGUCACGAGGUCCUGGCCUCUGCUGUUACCGCCAUCAUCAAACAGACAGCAGACUUCAACACCAGCAACAAGCUGCUUAAGUACUCCUGGUUCUUCUUUGAGACCAUGGCCAAGUCUAUGGCACAGUACCUGCAGGAAGGCAACAGGAUAAAGAUGCCUCGUGCCCAGCGGUUUCCAGACAGCUUCCAGCAGACUCUGCAGAGCCUCCUUCUCUCUGUGCUGCCCCACAUCACUAUCCGCCACGCAGAGGUGCCCGAGGAAGCACGCUGUGCCAACCUCAGCCUGGCAACCUUCAUCAAGCGCUGUCUGUCCCUGAUGAACAGAGGGUUUGCCUUCAGCCUCAUCAACGACUACCUAUGUGCAUUCAGCUCCAAAGACCCAAAGGCGCUGACGGAGCUGAAGUUUGACUUCCUGUUGACGGUGUGUAACCACGAGCACUACAUUCCUCUUAACCUGCCCAUGGCCUUUGGACGCACCAAACUGCAGCGUGUGCAGGACCAGACGCUGGAGUGGAGCCUAACGGAGGACUACUGUAGGAACCACUUCCUGGUGGGGCUACUGCUGCGCCAUGUGGCCGAGGGCCUGCAGGGGGCGCCAGAAACGCGGCAGCUGGCCGUCGCUGUGCUCAAGAACCUGCUCAUCAAACACACCCUCGACGACCGCUACAAUGCCUUCAAGAAUCAACAGGCCCGCAUCUGUCUGCUGUACCUGCCCCUCUUAGAACUGCUCUACCAGAACUUGCCUCAGCUCUCCGCUCCCAAACACACCUCUGCCACUGGAUAUGGACUCCCCGGCCCUAGAGAGGACCUGUCGAUGGCUGGCACAGAUAGCCGAAGAACAAGUACGAUCAUUGACAAGGAGCCAGGAAUCAUAUCUCAGAAUGGUCACUCUGUGCGGCGGGAGGACUCGCGAGGCUCUCUAUUCAUGGACGCACCAGACAGCACUGAGCUGCAGCGGCGAGGCUCUACCAUGAGUGGGGUGCUGCCCCCUGGAGGCCGGCUGGGGCACUACGAGGUCAAGGGGCUCCUCCUCUGCUUCCUGCACAUCACCAGGACCAUCUCAGACGAUUCCCUCAUGGCUUACUGGAACAAGUUGAAUCCACAAGACAUCAUGAACUUCCUCAGCCUGCUGGAAAUCUGUCUGGUACAGUUCCGCUACAUGGGCAAGAGGCACAUCAGCAGGAGUCAGGAGCCGUGGGUGUGUAAGCUGUUCUCUCCUGACCGGCGUUCCCAAACGAUGCCAGUGAUGCGGAGUAGAGCUGGACUCAUGCAGGCCAAGAUGCAGCAGUUUGGAACCAUGGACACUUCCUUCUCCCUCACAUCAGGUGCAGGCCUCUCUGAGGUGGAGAUCAACCAUCAGGCUCUCCUGGAGGGGAACAUCUCCACCGAGGCAUGCCUUACUGUACUGGACAUCCUGUCAGCCUUCACACACCACUUUAAGAGUCAGCUGCUGGACAGUGAUGGGCACAACCCUCUGAUGAUGAGGGUCUUUGACGUCUACCUCACCUUUCUCAGAGUGGGCCAAUCAGAGAGCUCGCUCAAGCACGUCUUUGCCUCCCUCAGGGCCUUCAUUAGCAAGGCGUGUGGCGGCUCUCGCGGCGCCCUCUGCUGUGAGGUCUUGCGCUGCUGCGUGUCCAAGCUUCGGCCCUCAUUAAGCUCGGCCCUCCUCACUACACUCCUCAUGCUUACAACUCAAACUUCACCAAGCGCCAAGACCCUCCGCACACACCUGCAGAUCAUUAUUGGAGUGAGUCAGCUCAUCUCAGACGUGGCUCUGACUGGAAACUCUCGCUUCCAAGAGUCUCUCUCCAUCAUCAACAACUUUGCCAACAGUGACAAGGCCAUGAAGUCCACAGCGUUCCCAGCGGAGGUGAAGGGUCUGACCAAGCGUAUCCGCACGGUUCUGAUGGCCACGGGCCCAGUUAUGGCGCCACCCAGAGAUGCAGCUGACCUGGCACACAGCCUGGCCUGCUCCUACGCCUCACAGACACCUGAGCUGCGCCGCACCUGGCUGCACAGCAUGGCCCGUGCGCACACCAAACACGGAGACUACUCAGAGGCUGCGAUGUGUUAUGUUCAUGUGGCUGCACUGGUGGCGGAGUACCUACACAGGAAAAAGCUGUUCUCCUGUGGCUUGUCGGCCUUUAAGAAGGUCACUCUGAACAUUGACGAGGAGGCCGCCAUGAAGGAGGACUCUGGAAUGCAGGAUGUUUAUUACACAGAGGAGGUGCUGGUGGAACAUCUGGAGGUGUGUGUGGAGGGUCUGUGGAAGGCAGAGCGGUAUGAGCUGAUCACUCACAUUGCCAAGCUCAUCAUCCCUGUCUAUGAGAAACACCAUGAGUUUGAGAAACUGCGGCGGCUCUAUGACACUCUACAGAGAGCCUACUCAAAGGUGCUGGAGGUGAUGCAUUCAGGCCGACGCCUACUGGGAACUUUCUUCAGAGUGGCCUUCUACGGACAGGAUGGGAGGGAGUACAUCUACAAGGAGCCCAAACUAACAGGCCUCUCAGAGAUCUCUCAGCGCCUGCUCAACCUCUAUGGAGACAAGUUUGGUGCAGAGAACGUCAAGAUCAUCCAGGACUCCAACAAGGUGAACCCUAAGGAGCUGGAGCCGCGGCUGGCGUACGUGCAGGUGACAUUUGUGAAGCCGUAUCUGGAGGAGAAGGAGCAGGCGGAGCGCCCCACACAGUUUGAGCGCAGCCACAACCUCAAGCACUUUGUGUUCGAGACGCCCUACACACUCUCUGGCAAGAAGCACGGAGGAGUCGAGGAGCAGUGCAAGAGACGCACCAUCCUCACCACGGCACACUGGUUCCCCUAUGUGAAGAAGCGCGUUGCCGUGGUAGCGGAGAAGCAUGUGGAGCUGAAGCCUCAGGACGUGGCGAUCGAUGAGAUGAGGGAGCGCUCUGCCGAGCUGGAGAAGCUCUGCUCCGCACCAGCCGUCGACAUGAUACAGCUGCAGCUCAAACUGCAGGGCUGCGUCAGUGUGCAGGUGAACGCGGGCCCCAUGGCAUACGCAAGGGCCUUCCUCCAGGACUCCAGCAAAGCCAGCAAGAAGGCCAAAGAGCUGAAGGACAUUUUCAGGAGGUUUGUCCAGGCCUGCAGUAUGGCUCUGGACAUUAAUGAGCGACUGAUCAAGGAGGAUCAGUAUGAGUACCACGAGGGCCUGAAGAGCAACUUCAAGGACAUGGUCAAAGAACUAUCAGACAUCAUCCACGAACAGAUCUUCCAGGAAGACGUGAUGCGUUCUCUGCUGCAGAACUCUCUGCAUGUGUUCCGAGCCAUCAGUGGAACCGCCCCUAACCUUGGAUAGAAGAACCUGGAAUUCACACUCACUCACAAGCAUGCACACACAAACACACACACACACACAUAUUCACACACACACAUAUGCACACACACACACACACACACACACAUAUGCACACACACACACACACGCACACACACACACCUUGGCUGCUGACUGUGGCCUUAUGCGUGUUUACUACUGCUCCUUCAGAAUGGGCAGAGAAUUAUGUUUCACACACACACACACACACACACACACAUAUGCACACACACACACACACGCACACUCAGAAACACUUACCAACUCACUUAUAUGCAUGCACACAAACACACA